AUGCCUUCUACAAACAACAAAGAGAAGCCGUGGGAUACGGACGACAUCGACAAGUGGAAGAUCGAUGAAUUCAAACCAGAAGACAACGCCGCCGGUAGUUUCGCCGAAGAAUCCUCAUUCGCCACGCUAUUCCCCAAGUAUCGAGAGGUAUAUCUGAAGGAAGCAUGGCCGGUUGUGACGAGGGCGCUGGAGAAGCAUGGAAUCGCUUGUACUCUGGAUUUGGUCGAGGGUAGCAUGACAGUUAAGACGACACGGAAGACUUUCGAUCCGGCGGCGAUUCUCAAGGCUCGUGAUCUGGUUAAGCUGUUAUCGCGAAGUGUUCCUGUUCAGCAGGCCCUUAAAAUCCUCGAAGACGGCGUCGCAUGCGAUGUCAUCAAGAUCAGAAAUCAAGUCCGCAACAAGGAACGCUUCGUCAAGCGUCGCCAACGUAUCCUCGGCCCGCAAGGCUCAACCCUCAAGGCCCUCGAGCUCUUAACAGGCACCUACAUCCUCGUGCAGGGAAACACCGUCGCCGCGAUGGGCCCCUACAAAGGUCUGAAGGAAGUCCGGAGAAUCGUCGACGACUGCAUGGCCAACAUCCACCCAAUCUACCACAUCAAGGAGCUCAUGAUCAAGCGCGAACUCGCCAAGGACCCCACACUGGCCGCCGAGUCAUGGGACCGAUUCCUCCCUAACUUCAAGAAGCGCACACUGUCCAAGCGUCGCAUGCCGUUCAAGGUCACCGACAAGACAAAGAAGGUCUACACUCCUUUCCCGCCGGCGCCGGAGAAGAGCAAGGUGGAUCUGCAGAUCGAGUCUGGAGAGUACUUCUUGUCCAAGGAGGCCAAGGACCGCGCGCAGAAGGAAGAGGUCAUGGAGAAGCAGCGAUUAAAGCGCGAGGAGAAGAUGAAGGAGCGGGAGAAGGCGUUCGUUGCACCGGAGGACUUGGAAGAGGCAGAGAGGGCCAAGAAGGAGAAGAAAGAAAAGAAAAAGAAGCGGAAGAGGGAGGCGGAGGCGGAGGCGGAGGCGGACGUCGAUGCGUCCGAAAAGAAAGAGAAGAAAAAGAAGAAGAAGAGCAAGUCGAAGGCAGACUCGGACGACGAAUGA